UCAAACGCGUCAUAGUGUGCGCUCGUCAUUCCCUGGAAAGAGCGAGCUGUGAUUACACCGGCGCGCCUCUGCUAGCGGCGCCGCUACAUGCACACCACAGCCCGGCUGACGUCCCCGUCACGCACCGAGCCUAUGACCGGAGGUCCGGACCGCGACCCAGAUGCCUCUAUGAUCCAGUUAGCGUCCAGUUAUCAUCAGAGGUAAGCCAUGUCUGACACAAACACCAACACAAACCCCUCGCGGCCUCAGAGGAAGAUGUCCACAGCCGGGGAGAGCGUCUACAAGGUGUUAGGACUCGAGAAAGGGGCCUCAGCUGAGGACAUCAAGAAAGCUUACAGGAAGUUGGCGUUGAAGUACCACCCAGACAAGUGCCCGGACAACCCAGAAGCGGCGGAGAAGUUUAAGGAGAUCAACAACGCCAACUCUAUCUUGAACGAUGAGACCAAGAGGAAGAUCUACGACGAGUACGGCUCCAUGGGUCUUUACGUGUCCGAGCAGUUUGGAGAGGAGAGCGUCAAGUACUACUUCCUCAUGUCCAAAUGGUGGUUUAAGUCGCUUGUGCUAUGCUGCACACUCUUCAGCUGCUGCUGCUGUUGUUGCUGCUGCUGUUUUUGCUGCGGAAAAUGCAAGCCGCCCGACGAGGACGAGAACUACCAGUACGUGGACCCGGAAGACCUGGAGGCCCAGAUCAAGGCGGAGCAGCAGGACAGUGGUCCCACUGUAAUCAUAAGCCAGGCCACUUCUAGCGGGGGCGGCGAUACCCCAGAGGGCAAAAGUCAGCCCAUCCCCCUGCCAAUGCCAACGCCGAUGCCCGAGCCGCCACCCUCGACACCUCUAUCCGAAGGGGAGGACAGAGAAGAGAGCUUGCCCGAGUCGAAAUGACUCGAAGAUGACACUGGACGUCAUGCAACAACAAGAGCAGGCAGCUGGGACACCUGUUGGAAGUGUGUAUUAACCAUGCUCUCCUUAAAAAUAGGAAGCCCCGCCCCCGUCAUGUUCCAGCCACAUUAGCGUGCAUGCGCCAGCAGCGCAGAGAUGAACCAGCCGUAAGCCACCAGCCGGCUCAGACCCGCCAUCUUUAUCCCCAACCUGCAGGGGACGUCCAAUCUGGGGGAGCCUCCCCCUGUCCUCAGUGAAACGUGUCACGACGUCAUCUUGCUGUGGAUUCCUUCCUCAAUCUUUCUCCACAUGCGAGUCAGGACCGUUCCAGGGACGCUCCAGGACGAGUAAUGGUGCAACACAGGAAAGUGACUCUCAUACAUGAUGGUCAAUAUUCAAGUUGGACCAGUUCCUUUUCAAGCGGUGUGAGAUGGGCAGGCAAGAAUGCAUGAUUUUGUCAGGAUGCAUGCUCUCCAGUCCCGCUGAGACACGCCAACUGUGCUCCCAAACCACUCUUCUUGUGCCACUAACUAGCAAACAAAGAAAGCCAGCAGCUUCAGUGAACCAUGAUCAGCUGAAAAAGGCUAAUAAUUGCGUGUGAAAAAGCUACAUGUAGCCACAUAACUUGUGUCUGCUCCCUGCAGAUGAUGGAUCCAAGUCCCUCAAAGGCAAUGCAGACCAUCCUGUGUACAGUCCAUCUUGUCUGCAGCUUACAAUGAUUUCCUGCUAAAUUCAGCUCAAACUCCGAAAAAUCUGCUCUUGUCUCAUUUCCGCCAAUCCCGAUGUUGACGGAUGAGUGUCCACAUGACGGAGCAGGAAAGUGCUUCUUCCUGAGCUUUGAAAGGAAGUGUUGUGCCUUGAUUUUAAAGAAAAAGACUAUUAAAAAAUACAACGUGACACUUUUGUUAAGUAGGAAUCCACCCAGACUCGUUUGCCAUUUUCCGCAUUCCCCCCUAUUUGCACGUGGUGUUGUCCAAGAGGAGCAUCCUCAUUGAGCCAGACAUACACUAAUUGUCAAAUGAAAUAGUCUCAAUUCAAUAUGGCCGCGCCAUUUUUAAGUCUGAACACUCACUAUGCAAAAUCAUCCAUUUCAAUCAAAGCAGCAAUUUUAAAAGACAUCUUUUCUCAUUGUCUGUUGUGAAUAUUUGGGAGGGAAAAUCAAAUGUGCAGGUGUUCUUUUGGCCAUAGUGUGAUGUUCCAUUAAAAAAAAGCACACAUUUUACCUUAUGAACUGCAAUAAACUGACGUGGACAUUUAAGAAAUUUAAAUAUUCUUGUGAAAAGCGGUGUUCUCUGCCGUAAACAUUUGUGUUUUGCAUAAUAGGGCAAUUAUUUCCCUGAAAAUGUGUAAUUGACGAAAAGGGGGAAAAAAAUGUCCACCACAGAGGAUGAUGCUUCUCAGGAGGAUAUACAUUUAAACUUUGUUUAUUCAGCCAAACCUGUCAUUUUACUAUAUAACAAUUAGAUGUGUCAGUACUUAAAAAAAACUACAAUUUGUAUUUGUUUAUGUAUAUAACUUGUGAAACCUGAUGACAUGUUCUUAUCAAUGUUCAAACUGUAAAUAUUCAUUUUUAAGUUAAUGUUUAUUCAUGUAUGGUGUAUUUGUGGGUUAGCAUGUUUUUUGUAGGACAGGAACUCAAGAGGACCAGUUGGACAAUACACCAUUUCAUUAAAAAAAGAAAAUAUAAUGAAACAAGAGCAACAAUGAGUCCUUAACAUAAUUAUAUUUUUGUUUCGUUUUCCAUCUGUGUUUGUGCUUUGGAAUUCGACCAAAUAAAAACGUUUCAUAAUUCCA